AUUAUUCUGAUUUGGCAGAUGCAGAGGCGACAUUCGAAAUCGAGAAUAUAUAUUUGACUGCAUAUAAUACCGGCGCGGGAAAAGAGUGUUUCUUUCAACAAUUUGCGCUGAAGAUGAUUUCCGGACUCGUUCGUACUUGCGAAAACCGUCUCCGGGUGAACAUCUAUAGUUGAUGCCGUCGGAAGCAGCGGUGCUUCCCGCGGUCGUCCCCAAACCCAACAACGUUUCGGAAAUGUACGCAAUCAAUACUGCAAAACCCCGGGUGUUCCCGGCGCUCGUCAUUCUCGUCACUUUAACCACGACUCCGACGGCGACCCGGGCCCAGCAGGCUUCGUCCUCGGCUAUGCAAGCAGCAGCAGCGCAAGCACCACCACCACCACCACCACCAUCACCAGCAGUGGCUCCUGAAGCUGCUGGUCACAAUAACUGGGCUGGAUUCGGUAAUCAGCAGAGCUUGGCACCUUCGAACCCGGCGUUGCUCGCAUCGGGCUCAAUAAUAAGUGGCACCAGCAGCGUUGUCCAGCAGCAGCAGCAGCCUGGAGCUGCGCUAUCGCCGAUUCCGGCAGCAGCUGGUCCUCCGCAAAUCCCCGCUUUGCAGCUGCCGAAUGCACCCUCGCAGAUUCAAGUACCGGCUCAGGCUAAUCCCGGCGGUGGAACUGGCAAUCCCCGCUUCCCGAAUUCACAACGUUUCGUCGUUCCUUCCCCCGCGACUGUUUGUUUCUUUCGCUCUUAUUAUUUCCUCCACGUGACGAGCGAUUCUUCAUUAUGUUUACUCUUGAAAGUGCUGUCGAGAAUGAGAUCGGGCACCAGGUGUGUGGAUCACGACAGGAGGAAGGAAUCACUGGCCGAGGUCAUGCGUUGGACCGUGGAUCGCAUGAACAGCCAAGUAGCGGACGUUAUUGGCAACGGAGCCAGGAGUGAAACUAAAUUCGCUUUGAUAUCAUACUUCUUUCAGCUAAGACUGGCUCCAUCACAAGCUUCGCCUUCCCAAGCAACACUCGAUGCUCUAAACAGUGUCCGGAAGUUGAAUCCGCCGAUACCAGAACAGCAAAUCAUGCCGAACCCCGGAAACCAGCCUAAUUCUUCAAAAUUGGUCCCGGUUCAUUCGGAAUCCCAUCAGCAGAUUGCCUCAUCGUCGGGUCGAAAGGCUUUGAACCCGAACCUGGGUAACCUAGGCUUCCUGAAAACGUCUCAGGCAAUUGCUUCGCCCAGUGCUGCGGGUUUUGGUCCUCCUGUUACGACGGAAAAAGUGGCAGCUCUGGUUCAAGCCACGACUGAAAACGCAUUCGUCGUCACUCGUCAGGCCCCGAAUGUCGCGUCCGUCGACGACAUUAGGUCAAUGCUCGAGAGCAGUACUGUGUCGAGUGUCGGUGACGAUUCCGCGACUUUCGUGACGAUCGGACAAGACGUUGCAUCGUUUAUGCUGGCAGCAGGGCGAAAUGCCGCGCUGAAUUCAACGGGAAACAGUACGGAGAAUUCAGUACCAGAAAACGGGUGCUGGAAUGCGGAUGGAUACUCGGAUAGACCUUUUCUUGAAAUCCGAGGCGACUCAGCUCAGCUGAUCGCUUUGAUAUCAUACUUCUUUCAGCUAAGACUGGCUCCAUCACAAGCUUCGCCUUCCCAAGCAACACUCGAUGCUCUAAACAGUGUCCGGAAGUUGAAUCCGCCGAUACCAGAACAGCAAAUCAUGCCGAACCCCGGAAACCAGCCUAAUUCUUCAAAAUUGGUCCCGGUUCAUUCGGAAUCCCAUCAGCAGAUUGCCUCAUCGUCGGGUCGAAAGGCUUUGAACCCGAACCUGGGUAACCUAGGCUUCCUGAAAACGUCUCAGGCAAUUGCUUCGCCCAGUGCUGCGGGUUUUGGUCCUCCUGUUACGACGGAAAAAGUGGCAGCUCUGGUUCAAGCCACGACUGAAAACGCAUUCGUCGUCACUCGUCAGGCCCCGAAUGUCGCGUCCGUCGACGACAUUAGGUCAAUGCUCGAGAGCAGUACUGUGUCGAGUGUCGGUGACGAUUCCGCGACUUUCGUGACGAUCGGACAAGACGUUGCAUCGUUUAUGCUGGCAGCAGGGCGAAAUGCCGCGCUGAAUUCAACGGGAAACAGUACGGAGAAUUCAGUACCAGAAAACGGGUGCUGGAAUGCGGAUGGAUACUCGGAUAGACCUUUUCUUGAAAUCCGAGGCGACUCAGCUCAGCUGAUCGGUGCGUUGAAAAGUACAAAGAUUUCCCAACGAGUUCUUUCCUCUUACUCUAGCCCGACCAGGUGUGUGGAUCACGACAGGAGGAAGGAAUCACUGGCCGAGGUCAUGCGUUGGACCGUGGAUCGCAUGAACAGCCAAGUAGCGGACGUUGGCAACGGAGCCAGGAGUGAAACUAAAUUCGGGUUGUCUGUCUACGACACUUGUGGAAUGCGUGAUGAUUCGGCUGUGACGGUUGCAAUGGCGGCAAUAUCCCGAGAAGCCAGACUCAGAACCCGUACAAAUGUUCCGAUUGCUGCUUUUCCACUCGGGUUUUUCAUCGCCGAGCCUGGGGAUGAAGAAUUGCUGAGGCCCGUGCUGAGCAACGGGUUCGAAUUCCCUUACGUCAACCCGGUGGACUGGCGUAUGAGAGAAGCUCUGCUCGGGGCUGCGCAUUUACUCAUGACCUGGGGCCGGUUUCCCCCAGUUGUAUUGCUCACCCAAGACCCCAGGGCCCUGGCUGUUUUCCUGGAUGCUGCUGAUACAUUCGGACUCUGUCUCAGAGCAACCGUUUUCUUUCCGCAUGCUGAUGAUUGCAGAACAAGAAAUCCGCUGGAAGAGCUGAGAAGUUACUACGGAGAGGAGAGACGACCGGGCCCUUCACCAGCGGCUUUUCUGGAAGAUGAACACAGCUCAGUGUGGAUAAUCCACGGAUCAUCGGAUUUUGUCACUCGAUGUGUGUCCAGGUAUUGGGGAGUCGUCGCAAACGGCGGCGAUUUGGGCAAUCUCGUCAUUGCUGCUCGUCACCCGUCGACCUCGAAUCACGGCUUCGUGCCGAUUAUCAAGCUAGUCCAGACAACAGAGCCCAAACUAUCGGAAAAUGCGAACAGCAUCCGGCAAUCCGCCAGUUUCAACAAGUCCGUCGGCAACGCGUCGGCAAACGCCGUCGUCAGCGGAAAUGACGUCGCCACGACAGUCAGCUCGACGUUGGCAGCGCUGCGGAAGCUCGAAUCAGCUGGCGUCAACAACUGCUGGCAACAACAGCGCACCGGAUCUUUUCGGCAGCAAGCAGAAAAGUCCGAUAUCCGAAGUCAUUUCCCACUUCCGGACAUGACAAGAGACAAUCGCCAGCUGCUGAGUGGGGCAGUCCUGGGUUCCCCUUUACCCGAUGGAAUCAUAGUGUCGACGAAGAAGUCCGAUGAAGAUAAAAGAGCGACGAAAUGCGAGAAAUUCCUGAAGGAAGCUCAGCAACUGGCCCCGAAAAUGUUCGACAUCCCGGACAGCUUCUUGAAUUCGAGAAACGAAUCUGUGCGGCUUCAGCCGGCCACUUACCGAUUUUCCGUCCUGAGAAAACGACAAGGACUGCCGGAAUGGGAAGACUUUGCUCGCUACUCGUCCCGAGACCUCACGCUUUUCGGGGAAAAGGUGCAAUACAUGUUGGGUUUGCCCAAGUGGAUCCCGCCCAAGCAUCCGAGCGCAGACGUUUCUCAGGCCACGUGUCUCAACUACGAGCUGAAGCACGCCGGCACCGUGGCGGCGCCGUUGACCAUCACGUUGGCCACGUGGUCCAGUGUGUGCCUCACUGCUGCAGUCAUGGGUGUGCUGUGCUGCCUGAGUCUCAUGCUCUUCUUCUACUACCGGCUGUGCUUCCGGAGCCGCGCGGAGCCCCACUACGGAUAUCCGCUGGUGCUCUUGUUCUCCGUCAUCUGCUUGUACUGCUCCGUUGUGCCCUUCGUGCUGGAUGCCAAUGACCUCAUCUGCCGUUUCCGGAUGUUCGCUGCCGGGGUCGGCUACGCACUGCCAUUCUCCACGAUGCUCGCUCGCCAAGCAAUGCUCGCCACGGCCUCGGCACAUCACAUCAGCGGCGUGGUGCAGCUCAUGCUCUGCGGGUUCGCUUUCGGGAUCCAGUGCUGCGUGGCAGUAGAAACGUGGGUUCUCAAGCCCAGUGGGCUCGUGGUCGCCUGGGACCCGUCUCGCGGGCGUGUGGCCGAGUGCGGCCAUUCCGCCAGCGAGAUCCUCGUGGCAUCCACGUACGUCGCCUUUCUUCUCGGGUGUCUCUUGGUCGUGGGACCAGCGGCUGCCACCAAGAAGCGGAACUUCCGAGAGGGGCUCUAUUUGUGCGUCGCGUCCUGGGCCGUGGCUGCAGUGUGGAUCACGUGGUGUGCGUUGCUGGCACUUUAUCCGAAUUGGACCCGGCUGAUAGUCAGUGCCGGGAUGACUUCGUCAGCCACGAUCAUACUAGUCGUUGUCUACGCGCCAAAGCUGUGUUUCAUCAUGACGCACUCGCUGACGUUCAGCGAGGAGCCAGCAGACGGGAAACGAAUAGUAGGGAUUCCAAGAAUAGGGAAUGCGAAUAUAAAAGGGCAAAAGAGGCACCACAGCAACUCUCCGUCGUCCCAUGGGAAGUACUGCCCGGAUAAUGAGAUGACCAUGACAAGAAGCAUCGGCGACGACGACACGGCAACGGAGAUUGUUCAUGCCACGAACUUGGCUGUUCUCAACCGUGCUUUCGCAUCCGACAUGGAAAACGGAGGGUUCGGGUCGUCGAAUACCCGUAAAAACAGGCGGAUGUGCAGGGCAGAGUCGGUGGAGACCGCAGGUACGAUGCUGAGCGGCGUGACGCGAACUUCGGCACCCAGGAUUUGCGAAUUCGGACCCCCCGGCGACAUCAGCAAUUACGGGACCUACGUCGAAGACGAACCCACUGUGCAUACGGAGCAUUUGCGACGCGCGGACCACAGUGAUCGGCAAAACAGUGUUCCCGUCGGACGGGUUCUGAAAAUUUAGGGUCAAUACCGUCAACCAAAGACCAGCAGGAACAUUUUUCGAUGUUUGUAUGAUCUUUUUUGUUUUGCUAAAUUAGAGUGAACUCGUCAUUCUGCCGUCCAACUUCCACUUGAAUUUUACGUUGGACGCAUUUCAUCAUUCAGGGGUAAAUGCGUAAGUCUUCACACAAAUUUUGCAAGACAUAUGCGAACUACAAUAUCAUACAUGUCAGUCGAUAAAAUUUUUUAAAAGUAAUCAUCGUCCUUUCUAUGGAGGGGGGAGGGGAGCUCGCGUUCUUUUGCACGUCACCUUGCAAGAAAAAUAAAAGCUUGUGUCAACUAAUGUGGCACAAAUUUGAUUUUCUUCGACAUUAGUCAUGUUAUUGAUGAAAAAGCGUCUAACUGACAUGACAUCUUAUCUUCGAACGUUUACACUUGUCCAUCAUACUUUACACGAGUCUUACUCAAAAUAAUUCAUCUAUUCCCAUUAAAAUUGCUGCCUUUUUUCUUGAAUUUAUUGUUUUUUUUUCACACAGUCUCCACGCUGUGAAUAAUUCGGAGAAAAUUAAUUCUCAAGUUCACGAUUUUAUGGCAGAUGGUCAAGCAAUUAAAAUGUAAGCUUUGCUUUUUUCUAAAUUUUGAAAUUGUUCAGCACUGGGGUUGACUUGAAACAGACGAAGUAAAAACAUGCGAGCAUGGUAAAAUUAUUGCUUAAAUUUUCCGUAGGUGUCCCCUUGCUGAGCAUCUGCUUUGUGCUUCUUAACUCUGUCGCAUCCCAGCCGGAAAUUUGAAUAAAUUGUGUGCACCUUAAAAUUAACGAGUAUGCAUGAAAAAUUCUAGAGUGGUCGAUGAUAGGCAACUAUUGUCGUAAUCAAGCUUGCAAAAUUUGUGGGAAAACCCUCGCGCGUCUGGUUAACUAGGAAUACCGUAUAUCUCAAGGAAAAUCUGAUUUCGGAGAAUUUUUGAACAGCACAAAAAAAAACGGUUCCAGUAAUUUGUUGACGCGCGUGAACAUGAAACGUUAGAUGCAUUGAAAUUCUUGCAUAGCAGUUUUGAAGAAAUUCUACGCACCGUUUCACAAUCGAAGAAUUAACGAUUCCAGGACUCAAUCGACAUAUUUAUAGUCAAAUUUACUCAAAUAAGAGGGUUGGUUCGUCAAUGAUAAACUGCCACUUGCCGUCAUUGGAGCCUUAUACAAUUGUUUCUCUAGCUCGUAAGUUCUUCAUUGGUUUCUAAUAAAUUUUUCAUCAACUUUUCAGCUAC